AUGCCGGCCUCCGCAAAGAAGAAGUCGACCCCCAGCAGCGAUGCGCCGACUAAGCUGGCUUCCGCCGAUUCGCAGCCUUCCUCCUCCAGUGAAAGUACCCCCGGAGCUACGGAGAAGAACGCAGCCAAGUUACACAAGAGAUCUCGCUCUGGCUGCUUCACAUGCCGUCUUCGCCGAAAGAAGUGCGACGAGAAACAUCCUUCCUGCGGCGCCUGCAUCAACCUCAACGUGAAAUGUGAAUACAAGCGCCCUAUCUGGUGGGGGAACGCCGAGCAAAGAAAGAUCCAGAAGGAGCGGAUCAAGAACAAGAUCAAACAGACUAAGAUGAAUGAGCGCAAUGGGUCCCUGACCGGUAGGAUCGGAUUCCCAAACCAUCCCUCGUUCAUGCCGUCCCCUAACCAGCCCGUGGAUCACGCAGUCGACGCCUCGGGCCUCAGUCGCAGCGUGGCCGUGACAUCCCCGACGUCGCCCGAGUUUGAAUUUGGCCGGCCCGUCUUCCCAGAUCAGUAUGAUAUCUUCGCCUCGCAUCUGCCCACGCCCGCCAUCAACCAGCCGAUCUACGGCUCGUAUCCGACGCCGUUUGAGAUCGAUGUCAAGACCGAGCGACAAACGUACAUCAAUGAGAUGCCUCUGCAGCACAACGCGGUCAGCUCCACGUUCAGCAAUUUUGCCCCGCCUCAAAUCAAUGCGCCCUUGCCGCCGUUCCAAUGCGAGGAGUGGUUCCAGGACGAAUGCUUCCCUCAGGUCGCCCCGGCGCUUCCGGGGAUUGACCCGGCCCUGUGCGAGCAGAGUAUUGAACAGACCUAUGCCAUGCUGCAAGCGAAUAUUCCCGUCAGCGAUCACGAUCGGCCGCUGCUGGAUCACUUCAUCCACAACGUUCUGCGCAUCAUCUUUCCCGUCCUGGAGGCUCACCAACGCGGACACAUCCGGGCUCAAGCCAUACUUCAGGCCCUCGAGACGAAUAAGUGCUACCUACACUGCUGCCUCAGCGUCUCGGCUAUUCAUCUGAAGACCACCGAAGGGAUCGUGAGCGAACAGAUUGACCAUGACAUUAUGCGCCACCGGUUUGAAGCCGUUUCUCAGCUGUGCCUGGCGCUUGGAGAGGACACCAAACACGAGGAGAUCUUGGACGCGACCCUCGCCAUGAUUUUCUUCCACUGCUCCGUUGGACCGGCCGACGACUACCUGCCCGAUAUCCCCUGGUUCGAUCAUUUCCAGGCCGCCACGAAUCUGGUCCACCGACUGGGUCUUCCCACCGCUGGCCCAACAUGCGGGCAUCCGUACAUGCUCCCACCCUUCAACAUGACGCUCACCUCAUGGAUCGACAUCCUGGGCUCGACUAUGCACGGCCGAACCCCCGAAUUUGCCCACAUGUACCGAUCCAAGCACCUGAGUGGGGCGUCGUCGGGUCUGCGCGAACUCAUGGGCUGCGACGACCGAGUGAUGUACCUCAUCUCCGAGAUUGCCUGCCUGGACGCAUUGAAAAAAGAAGGCCGAAUCGACGAAAUGUCCGUCUGCUCGCAUGUCUCGGCCUUGGGCCGCCAGCUGGAAUUCACCGAGCCCAUGGAUCAAACGAUCGAGAGCCCCUACUCGUCGACGGGGGCCCUCCGACCAGACGUUCUGACCAAGAAUAUGACCGCCGUCUACCGCAUCGCUGCCCGCAUCUACCUCUGCAGUCUGGUCCCCGGUUUCGACCGCAGUCAACCAAGCAACCUGAACCUCGUCGCGGCGGCCGCCAACACCAUCGAAUGCAUCCCGUCCGGACCGGAGGGGUACGAUCGCUCGCUCGUCUGGCCGCUGCUCAUCACUGGCGCAUACUCCUCGCCGGGCAGUCAUUUCCGCACGCUCCUGGCCGAGCGUGUCGUUGCUCUGGGAGACACGGCCGACCUCGGCAGUUUCGGUCGCAUGUAUCGACUUCUGCAGGAGGUCUGGCGGAUCAGCGACGAUGCCGCUGAACCAUUGUACGGCGUCGAGGAGUGCUCGUCCUCUUCAUCGGCUAGCUCCGUGAAGAUCGAGGACUCUGACACUCCUCCACAAGACUUUAAUGACACCGAAUGGGUUCUGAAGGAGGUUAAGCCGCCGCCCGUGCACUGGCGCGAUGUCAUGCAGCAGAAUGGAUGGGACUAUUUACUCCUGUGA